UGUUAUAAUAACGAAAUGAGUUUUAACAAUCAACAAACAGACACAAGUUCGAUGGAAGGGAGCUCCAGCCGGCACACAUGCCUGAAGCUUGAGGUCUCAAGCCAGUCGGAGCCGGACGGGACAGAACCCAUCUUCGUGAAGGGCACGUGGUUUGCGUCCCGUUUCGAACUUGCCAUCACUGACGGUCUCGGCGCCUGGAUUCUCAACGCAACUGAAGACGAGGUCCGAGAGAGAGCGUCUCAGUGGGACCAGCCCGUCGACGAGUACAUUGACUUGGCCGAGCGCUACCUAGGGUUUCAGCAGCGCGGCUCUGUUUACGCCUUCGCCGACGCCGGAAAUGGCCAUAGAAGAUUGUCAUGGACGUUUGAGAAGGAAGGGACUAAGUUAGAAUGGCGGUGGAAAUGUAAGCCAUCGCCUAAUAGUAAGAAAACCACAGCAGGAGUCCUGGACUUUCUUAUGGAUGCAAACAUACGACUAAGUGAUGAAGUUGUCAUGAAAACCCAAUCCUUUGAGCAACUAAAAGUAGAAGCUGAGAAGUGCUUGGCACAAAGUGAGAGAUUCAGCAAUGAGAAGAGAGAAUUUGAAGAAGCAAUCUAUGCAAAGUUUCUUGGGAUCUUGAAUUUGAAGAAAGCAAAACUUAGACAGCUUCGAGACCAGCUGUUGAAACAGGAAAAAUCUGGGAAAUUGCCUCAAGCAGAGGAAUCUACAGACAAAACCGAGACUUAUGGCAGCAACACUGACGAGGAAAAGAGCCAAGAGUCCUCAGAGAAUUGUCAUGGCAGUUCCAAGGAUGCAGCUGCAAGUAAACCUCGCGGGAGGAAAAGGAAACAGACUUGAAGACCAUAUGAGGAGUUCCUGUUACUCAGAUGGGACUUGGGAUGCAUCAUGUCUCUAUGAUCUUGUUUUGCAUUCACCAGUGGCCAUGAUCUUGUUUUGUAGUUUAACUGGUCUUGUAAGCUCUGAUGUUUGAUUGUCUCUUCUGUCUCUAUAUAUUCUUGGUCUGUAAAGAAGAAUGUGUAACAGGACAGUUUCACUUAGAAGCGUUACAGCUAACAGGACACAGUUUCUCAUUAGCCAAACAAGAUAACAUAGUAAUU